AUCAUGGCCACCAUUAGCACCCAGCACACAUACCCGACCAUUCACAAGCUGUCGGUCAGGACACAUGAGGACGAGUCGGAGAGAAUAGAAAAUGGCAACAGCAGGGCUCACUCGCUGUGCGAAGACACGUCCUCCGAGCUGCAGCGAGUGAUCUCCAUGGAGACCAAAGGGCAGCCUGAAUCCCGCAGGAGUUCAGCCAAUGGUGCCCACGCGCUCGCCAGAAUAAGUCAUCUUAUCCUCACUCUGAGGAAUUGGGCGGCUCGGCACAUGCACACCGAAGAUCAGAGGCCUGACUCUUUCUUGGAACGCUUUCGAGGGCCAGAAAUAAAGGAGGCGUCCAGCAGGGAGAGCAACACCCAGUCAGGGAUGGGCAAUCCAGAGCGUCAAGGGAAGAGUAAGAACCACUGGUCUCAGGUGUGUUUCAAUGCCAACAAUUGUAACAACAAGGACGAGGACAAGGAGGAGAAGAAAGAGGACCAAAAAGAGGAAAAGAAAGAAGAGAAAAAGGAGAAGAAAGACGACAAAAAAGAUGACAAGAAAGAUGAUAAAAAGAAAGAAGAGAAGAAGAAAGAAAUGUUCAUCAUCGAUCCUGCAGGGAACCUCUACUACAGAUGGCUGUCCAUUAUCUUCGUACCAGUGAUGUACAAUUGGUGCAUGUUGGUGUGCAGGGCUUGUUUUGAUGAACUUCAAGUGGAUCACCUUACCUUGUGGCUGGUAUUGGAUUAUACAGCAGACGUCAUAUACUUAAUAGAUGUGUUAGUAAGAUUUCGGACAGGUUUUCUCGAACAAGGACUGCUGGUCAAGGACUCAAAGAAACUAAGAGCCAAUUACACGAAAACCCCUCAGUUUAGGAUGGACGCAAUUUCUCUCCUCCCAACGGACUUGGGCUACCUCAAGGUGGGGAUGAAUUACCCGGAACUCAGGUUCAAUCGUCUCUUUAGGUUCGCCCGCAUGUUUGAAUUCUUUGACCGGACGGAAACCAGGACCAACUAUCCGAACAUAUUCCGUAUCGGGAUCCUGGUUCUGUACAUCCUGAUCAUCAUCCAUUGGAAUGGCUGUAUUUUCUACGCCAUAUCCAAAAUGAUUGGGUUUGGGACAGAUACCUGGGUUUACCCCAACAUCUCACACCCGGAGUAUGGCAGGCUCAGCAGGAAAUACAUCUACUGCCUUUACUGGUCAACGCUGACAUUGACCACCAUUGGGGAGACACCUCCUCCGGUCAGGGACUUUGAAUACCUUUUCGUGGUGAUUGACUUUCUGGUUGGAGUGCUCAUCUUUGCUACCAUCGUGGGUAACGUGGGCUCGAUGAUCUCCAACAUGAACGCCUCGCGGGCUGAGUUCCAGACCAAGAUCGACUCCAUCAAACAGUACAUGCAGUUCCGUAAGGUCAGCAAAGACCUGGAGGCCAGGAUCAUCAAGUGGUUCGACUACCUGUGGACCAACAAGAAGACGGUGGAUGAGAAGGAAGUGCUCAAGAACCUCCCCGACAAGCUGAAGGCUGAGAUUGCCAUCAACGUCCACCUGGAUACGCUGAAAAAGGUCAGGAUCUUUGCCGAUUGCGAAGCAGGGCUUCUCAUUGAGCUGGUGCUGAAACUACAGCCUCAGGUGUUCAGCCCAGGUGACUAUAUCUGCAGGAAGGGGGACAUUGGCAGGGAGAUGUACAUCAUCAAAGAAGGCAAGCUGGCGGUCGUUGCUGAGGACGGCAUCACCCAGUUUGUCGUGUUGAGCGACGGCAGUUACUUUGGCGAAAUCAGCAUCUUGAACAUAAAGGGCAGCAAGGCAGGUAACAGGCGGACAGCUAACAUCAGGAGCAUCGGUUACUCCGAUCUUUUCUGCUUGUCCAAAGACGACCUGAUGGAGGCACUGACCGAGUACCCGGACGCCAAGAAGAUCCUGGAAGAGAAGGGGCGACAGAUCUUGAUGAAGGACAACUUGAUAGACGAGGAGGCAGCAAAGGCAGGGCCGGAUUCCAAGGAUAUGGAGGAGAAAGUGGAAAGAAUGGAAUCCUCGCUGGACAACCUGCAGACUCGGUUCGCUCGGCUUAUGGCUCAGUACAACUCCACCCAACUCAAGCUGAAGCAGAGACUCACGAAGCUGGAGAACAGGGUCAGAACCUUUGGAAGCGGAUAUCUAUCCGAUGAAACGGACAGUCUAACUGACAUAGAAGCCGGGAAAAGUGACAACGGCAGUACAAACAAGUGAAUCUCCUUGUUACUUUGAUACUCAAACCACAUCACAGUCAAGUAAAUAAAUUAUUUUUGUAUAAA